AUGACAGACAGGAGACCUCAGCCCGUGAUCAAGGCGACAUCAACAGUGACAAGUCAUGAAGACACGAUGCUGAACGGUAGCUACGAGGCUCUGAAGGGGGGCAGCGCCAUCGAGGCCAUGGAGGACUUCACCGGGGGCGUGGCAGAGACCUUCACAACCAAGGAGGCUCCCGGGAACUUCUAUGAGAUUCUAGACAAGGCCUUGAAGAGGGGCUCUCUGGUGGGCUGCUCAAUUGACAUCAGAAAUGCUGCAGAAUCUGAAGCCCGGACACCUUUUGGUCUCAUUAGGGGUCAUGCCUACACAGUGACGGGCGUUGACCAGGUAAACUUCCGAGGCCAGAAAAUAGAGCUCAUCAGAGUCCGGAACCCUUGGGGCCAAGUUGAGUGGACCGGGUCCUGGAGCGACAGUUCUUCUGAGCGGCAUUCCGUUGGCCCAGCCGAGCAAAAGCGCCUAUGUCACGCUGCUCUGGACGAUGGGGAGUUCUGGAUGGCAUUCAGAGACUUCCAGGCCCCCUUUGACAAAGUAGAGGUCUGCAACCUCACUCCUGACGCCCUGGAGGGGGAUACUGUCCCCAAGUGGGAGGUGGCGGUCCCUCAGGGAAGCUGGGUGCGGGGCGUCACAGCUGGCGGCUGCCGCAGCUUCCUGGAUACCUUUUGGACCAAUCCACAAAUAAAAUUGUCCCUGACUGAGAAAGAUGAGGGGCAGGAGAAAUGUACUUUCCUUGUAGCCCUGAUUCAGAAAGAUCAAAGAAAACUCAAGAGGUUUGGUGACAGCAUGCUGACCAUCGGUUAUGCCAUUUACCAGUGCCCCGGCCAAGACGGACACCUGAACAAAGACUUCUUCAGACACCACGCCUCCCAGGCCAGAAGCAAGACGUCCAUCAACCUGAGAGAAGUCUCUGACUGGUUCUCGCUACCCCCUGGGGAGUACAUUGUGAUUCCCAGCACUUUCAAGCCCCAUCAGGCAGCCGAUUUCUGCCUGUGGAUCUUCUCGGAGAAGAAAGCCAUUACUCGGGACAUGGACGGAACUGUAGACAUCGACCUUCCUGAGCCACCAAAGCCAACUCUGCCUGGCCAGGAGACAGAGGAGGAACAGCAGCUCCGGGCCCUGUUUACACAAGUCGCUGGUGAGGACACAGAGGUAACCGCGGAGGAGCUCGAAUAUGGUUUAAAUGCUGUGCUGCAAAAGAAAAAGGACAUCAAAUUCAAGAAGCUAAGCCUGACUUCCUGUAAAAACAUCAUUUCUCUAAUGGACACCAGUGGCAAUGGGACGCUAGCCUUUGGUGAAUUCAGAGUGUUCUGGGACAAGCUGCAGAAGUGGGCAAGCCUUUCCCUUCAGUUUGAUGCUGACACAUCUGGCAGCAAGUCCUCCUGCGAGCUGCGGACCGCCCUGAAAGCCGCAGGCUUCCAGCUCAGCACUCCCCUCCUGCAGCUGGUCGUCCUCAGGUACGCAGACCAGGAGCUCCAACUGGGCUUCGAUGACUUCCUCAACUGCCUGGUCCGGCUGGAGACUGCAAGCCGAGCAUGUAAGGAGCAAGCUGCUGAGAACUGCAGCAAAGGGGGGCUGAGCCACACGCCCCGCCAUCUGUGUGCCGUGUGCGGCUAG